UGGGAGUUGGCGCUGCGGGCCGGGCGGGGGCCGCGGGCUGCGAUGUGGACGGAGCCGCGGCGGUGACUGGAGUUGCCGCCCGACAUGAACUCGCUGGAGCAGGCGGAAGAUCUCAAGGCUUUCGAGAGAAGACUUACUGAGUAUAUUCAUUGCUUGCAACCUGCCACAGGACGUUGGAGAAUGCUUCUUAUAGUGGUCUCUGUCUGUACAGCUACUGGUGCCUGGAACUGGUUAAUAGAUCCUGAGACACAAAAGGUGUCCUUCUUCACAUCAUUAUGGAAUCACCCAUUUUUCACUAUUAGCUGUAUCACUCUAAUAGGCUUGUUCUUUGCUGGAAUACACAAGAGAGUAGUUGCACCAUCAAUUAUAGCCGCUCGAUGUCGAACAGUAUUAGCAGAGUACAAUAUGUCUUGUGAUGAUACAGGGAAACUAAUUUUGAAACCUAGGCCUCACGUUCAAUGACAUUCUGCAUUCAUUGUUAUGGGACCUAAAACAGUCUCUCUUCAAAUAAGUGAUACAGCAAAAAGCCAUAAAGGAUUCCUUUUGCAGUUGGAUAUGUGAAAGUUAUAGCAACAACUGACAAGAAGUGUGCAAUAUUUACCCAGAUUAUCUUGAUGAUGAUGACUUGAGUUAUCAGUGCUUUGGUACCUUUGAUUACCUGUGUUCAGUAUUAGUGUCACUUUAGUACUUCAGCUCCUGCAAAGGUUUUUGCAGAUGAAGUAUAUAUGUAUGUUACUAAGUUAAACUUAGAAACCGAACCUCAUUCAGUUUUUAUAAUGUAUUUUUGCAAACUACUGUAAAUAGCAAAUCAAUGCCAAUGUUAAACAGAGUAAAAUGUUGUAUGGACUUCGUUCUCCUGCACCAGUAUUUCAAGAACAUCUACUUGCCGUCUCCACAGCUCUUUAAAACCGGCCAUUAUGUGUGCCUUUCAUUCUUACUCGUCUUUUAAUUGUACUGCAGGAAAAACAUCGGAUUCCGCUUAGACUGAGGAAACUCAUCUCCAUUAUGUUGUAAGAAAUUAUAGAUGUUUUGAGAAACAAUUUUUGUUAAACCAGAUACUAAACUCCAGCAACUAUUGUGCUUAUAUUUAGUUCAUUGUUUUCAUUUAACGCUAAAUAUACUUUAUAUGUUUUUUAAGAAUUUUAAGAACACCCAAAGUCUUCUGAAUGUACGAGUUUAAAUUAUGUAUUGUCUGGGAAUUUGAUGGUCAUUGUUUUAGGUAAUUGGAUUUUACGCUGUGGUAGACAUGCUCUUACACUAGUACUGACCUGGUGUGACUGAUCGUCCCACUCCAUCAUUGGGUGACAUGGGAGCCAUGCCACAAACUAGAGUCUGCAAUUCUCACUAUUAGAGAGUGUUAAUGACAUACUGUGUAUGCAUAACAGCCACGUGUAUUAUAAUAGCCCUUAAAAUUAAACUAUUGGGAUCGCUGUAAAUAUUUUAAAGUACUGGAGGUGCCUUUUACUUGUUUAUUAGAAGAUUUUGAAAAGGUUUAAAUUAUUUCAUGAGCAACCUUUUACAUUUGAUUUAACAUAAAGCUGAAAUUUCAAUAAUAGGACAGAAACUUUUUAACAAGGCUGCCAUUUAACUUAAAUUUGUUCAUCUUAGCUUUCACAUGUAUAAAAUUUUAUUCUUUGAACUGCAGCAAUAAAACCCUCUGCUCCUAAGAAGUCUUAAGAGGGUAUCCUAUAUAUUCUGCUUUGUUUCAUUUUCUGUAAAUUUUGUAGGUAAAUAUGUGCAUAAAAAUAAAUACUUUAU